GACUUGUGCUCUGCGUCCUUCCUCCGCAGGGGGCGGGCUGGGGGGUGUAUGUGAGGUGUUUCUUUUGCUGGACUCAGAUUUGUUUUUAAACUUACCUCACAAGCCACCCCCCCCCAAAAAAAUUAAAGGAAAAAAAAAAGACCCUGGAUUUUGGCAGCAGGUGUGAAGGUUUUUUGGGAGGGGGGAAAAGUUGUCCCCCACCACACACACACACACACACACACACACACACACACACCUUGAGCUCCCCAAGCAGCCAAGUUACCAAAAAAGCCAUCAACCUAACCCAUUAACGGAGAAAGAGCAAAAUAGCCCCGGAGGAGAGACUCUCCCACCCAGAGAGGUACCUGCCCUCACCGCCAGCCUGCCCCAGCCACACUCAGCCAUGCACAGGUGGGUGUGCCGGCUGCUGAUGGUACUGCUGAGCCUGUGGGAGGGGCUAGGGGCUGCACCUGCCCCACGGAUGAAGCCCUCAGAUCCCAGGGCCGACUUUGACGCUGUCAUCAACCUAGCCAAGACCCUGCUGAGCGACACAAAGCACCUCUUCACCCACUUCAAAUCUCGGUUCCCAGCUGAGGGGGAGCAUAAGAUGGACACGCUACCUGUCCUGUCCAUGAACGCUGUGGAGCUGGCCAGCAUCCAGGUACCCGGUGGCCUAGUGCGGCUCAGCACUGACCUGCAGAGCUAUCAGAAGCACCUGGAUUGGCUGCGCAAGGCAGGACCUGUACUGCGGCCCCUAGAGCCUGAGCUGGGUGCCGUGCACAACCGACUGGAGCGCCUGCUCAGGCGCCUGGAGCACCUGAUGUCCCGGCUGAGCUUGACACGCUCCAGCGACACACUGACCUCACUGCCCUCCCAUGGCACGCACUGGUCCGUGGUGCAGGCUGGCCAUGCCAUCUUCCAUAGCUUCCACCUCUACCUGGACUGGGCUGCCCGUGCCCUUGUUCUCAUCCGCAACAAGCUGUGACGUUUGGAGAGCAGCAGGGCCAGGGGGGCACAGAACCCCUCACCUCGGACCUGCCGGGACCCUGCACCCAGGCAGCCCAGGCCUGCCGUGACGCCCAUGUGACCGUCCUCCCCGAGGGUGGCUGGUAGCAGGGAGGGGGUGUCCCAGCCCCCAGGGAUGUAGCAGAACUAUUUAUGCAACGCGCUAUUUAUUUAUUUAUUAUGGUCAGGAUUUCUUUCCCUUAGGUCAAUUAAUGGCUCAUUAACAUCCUCCCCCCACCAUGAAUAAGUAUUACUUCCCUGAAAUGGGAGAAUGGGAGAGGGAGGGGUGUGGGUGCACACCCCAGAGAGAAGGCAAAGGGAAGGGAAGAGCUCCCUCCCAUGUGCUCCCUGCCACCCACCCCCUCAACAGUCCCUCCCUGGGGUGACCUUUCCCUGAAGCAAGGGCGCCACCUCGUGGCCACUCUGUGAAUUGCAAUAUCAUCCCCCCUGGCAGGGUGGGAAGAACAAGGGGUCAAUUCACCGUGCCUCCCCCCAAACUACAUUCGUGCCCGUCUGUAUGAUUCCCUGUCCCACUCUGUGCCCCACGCCUGUGAGGCUGUGUGUGAUGGCUUCCCACAGGGCCACAGCCCUGGACACUUCCAGCAUGCACGGGUUAAAAAGUCAAGGGCAUGGGGGCAGCAGGCCCCGCCAAGUCCCCACUGUGUCCUGGAACUUAUCCCAGCCAGGAGUCUGGUCCACCAGUUCCUAUUUCUGGAAGCAGAACCCCAACACCUCCCAACCUCAACCCCAACCCCAGAGGGACCACCAGAAAAACCCAGCGUGGAGCCUGGGCCCACGCAGAACAGCUAUGGCUCAGAUAGGAGCAGGGAGCCAGGACACCUGGGUUCCUCCCAGCUCUGUGGGGGGGGAGCCCCGAGCCCUGGUGUGCUGCUGUGCACGUGGUUUGGGGUGCGAGCACCCACGGAGCCGGGGGUGGGGGGAGCCCAUGUUCACGGGGAGAUGCCCGGGUAAAGCCAUGGCUAGGUACGGUGACAGCGCUGCAGCCCAGCUGCCCUGUGAGCUGGGCCCCAGGCACCAGUGGCAGUGCCACCCUCAGCCCGCUGCCGCAC